UUUGUGAUUGGUCCGGCGGCUUCUGGGAUCUGUCAUGUGUCCCAGGUACCGCCUUACCAUUCACAAAAAGCACCGCUUCUUGCGCAUGCGCACUUGGCACCCGGCUGUCAUGCCCAGUGCCCACACUACAGAAGCCGGGAAGACCGCACGCCGUUGGAUAGAGGAACAGGGGGAUGACCAGAGACUGCUGACCUUUGGGGAGGGAGGGGGAGCGGGUACCUGAAUUUGACAGGUACCCGCUCCCACUUCCGUGGAGUUGUCCUUCCUUCCUUCUUCCCGGGCCGGCUUCUGUGACAGCCGGGUGC